UACUUUCAGGAGAACAAGACGUGUUCGUUUGACAGUUCGCUCUGUUUCGCUGGUGAAAACAAAGAAAAACCCAGAGAGUUUGUCAAUUAGGUCGUGGCUUAUCAGUGCCGAAAACUCACCAUAUUUUCGCGCGAAAAAUAAACCAAUUCGCUGUGUUCUGCUGUGCAUUUCCACCCAAAAAGUUCGCACACAUCUCAACUUCUGCACGAUGGAUAGCACAGAAGUGGUUCCGACUGUGGAGACUGAUAAUAGGAAACCUUAUAAGGUGAAGGACGUCACGCGGAAUAUCAAGAAGGCAGUGGUGGCGGCCACUCUUGAGGAAGUGAAGAUAAAGGCGGCGGAGAAGUUCGACAAGACGGAAGUUCAGCCGACCAUUCAUUUGGAUUCGGACGGCACGGAAAUUGACGAUGAGGAGUACUUCCAGACGCUGGAGCCCAACGCCGAACUGAUUGCUGUCUUCCCAGGCGAGCAGUGGAUGGACCCCACGCACUACGUCACGAUAACGACGCGUCGCGACUCGGCUGACAGCACGGAUUGUGCAGACGUGGAGCGCGUGCACCUGAAGAAGCUCGUGGGGCAGCUGAGGAACAAUCUGUGCAGUGUGUCUGUGCUGAGCGAGCCCGACCUGGAGCUGCUGUCCAACAUGGAUCCCAACUCCCUGGCCGACAUCACCGGCAAGGACUUCAUCGAGCAGCUGAAAGAGGCAUCAGGCAGACUCCUGCAUGAAAAGCGACAGGCUUUUGACGCAAUUGAGCUGCUAAGGAUCCUGGCGAAGGAGCGCGGCAUCACGCUGGAAGUUCACCACGACAUCAGUGAUGCCCUCGGCGUGCGCAGCGGACCAUCCCUCGAUAGUGCCACGGGGGAUGAGCCGCAACCCAGCACCGACUCACCAUCUGCAACUUGAUACCACUGCACGAUAGACAGCCCCCUGAGGCACCCCUUUAGGACCCACACCACUGACGAUUGCAGUUGAACGCAGAAUUAAGCAUACAAAGGGAGCAAUUCUCAGUCUCAUUGUGUGAUGUGUCAGAAGUUGCCUAAGCACAAUUUUAUGGUAAUCUAGGUCAACAUUACUUUCUAAGUUACAUUCCUAGUGAGAGUUAGAAGUAUGUUAAAAAGCAAUGCGAAACCGGAAAACGAAUUCCCAAAUUUUACAUUUUUACGUCGAUUAUCUAUGAAUUCUUUUUGUGUAAAAUGACGCUAAUAAUAUGUCACUUAGAAUACCGAAGGUGUGUCAUCUCCUUAACAUGUGCAAAAGAAUCAGUAGCAUGUUUUAACUGUCAAACAUCACACAAUGUGACUCAUAAGUGGUCCCAAAGUCCCAAUAGCAGACUUUAAAGUGAGAGGAUUAUUUGCGAUGUAGGUGUUAACUAAUAAUGUAGGACAUACAAGGAGACACAGAAAAAUAUUGCAUGAAUAUCCUAUUAAUGUGAACACAUUAGCCAAUGGUACUGUUACACAGAAAUAUAUUGAACAUUAAUGCAUCCGUUGAUGUUAGUUGGACGCGGAGAGGCGAAUAGAUAGUCGUGGGUGUUAAAGUGUUAGGAUUAAGGGAGUGUAUUUGGCGAUUAUAUACAAGGAAGAGUGACGAUAACAAGCUUAUGAUUGUAAAACUCGACGAGAUAACGAGAUAUUCAAUGAUAACAGACACAAUUUUCGCAUCAUAAGUAGAUUACAGCGCAUUCAUCGCUGAGUAGCUCUUUGAAAAUCAAUGAAUAAUUAUAAAAUAUAUACCACUGUUCCAGCACUGAUUUUGACAUAGAGUUUAUGGUCUGAAAUAGUCCUUUUAUUGAUUAUGCUUAAUUGACAACCAUUUAGCAGUGUUAAUUUUACACUCUCUUAUGACAAUUCGACCAACAAGCGAAUUCAAGUCGGAAGGAAACAGAAAUACACAACGUGGCAAAAUUCGAAAACCCUGAACUGCAUUUCUCGACGAUAAACCUCCCCAAGACUGAUAGAUUUACCCUCGUGAGACGAAAUCGUACUUAGUUCAUCCAAUUGUACUCGUAAGUUAACAUGAUAGAAAUGGAAUUGGAAGAAAUUUUAGCUAAAUGAGAAAAUUUACGUUCUCCCGAGAAAAAAAAAGAUGAA